AUCAAACCCCCCAUUCUCAUCACCAUCAUAUUCACCGUAAUCGCAGGAACCACAAUCGUACUAACAAGCUCACACUGACUCAUAAUUUGAAUUGGGUUCGAAAUAAAUCUCCUAGCUAUUAUUCCAAUCCUUAUAAAAAAACAUAACCCACGCUCCACAGAAGCAGCCACAAAAUAUUUCCUAAUACAAGCCACCGCAUCAAUACUCUUAAUAAUAGGAAUCAUUAUUAACCUCCUGCACUCAGGACAAUGAACAAUACCAAAAAACCCCAACCCCAUAGCAACCACCAUAGUAACAAUCGCCCUAGCAAUAAAACUAGGCCUAGCUCCAUUCCACUUCUGAGUGCCAGAAGUUACACAAGGAAUCCCCAUAUCCUCAGGCCUGAUCCUACUAACAUGACAAAAAAUCGCACCCCUAUCAGUCCUCUACCAAAUCUCACCCAUCAUUAACCCCAACCUACUAAUACCAAUAGCAAUCAUAUCAGUACUGAUCGGGGGCUGAGGGGGACUCAACCAAACACAAUUACGAAAAAUCCUAGCAUACUCCUCAAUCGCCCACAUGGGCUGAAUAGCAGCAAUCACACCAUAUAAUCCCACUAUAAUAAUCCUAAACUUAACAAUCUACAUCAUCAUAACACUAACAACAUUCAUGCUAUUUAUACACAACUCAUCUACAACAACAUCAUCACUAUCCCAAACAUGAAACAAAACACCCCUGAUUACAUCCCUCAUCCUCACCCUAAUACUAUCCCUAGGAGGCCUUCCACCCCUAUCAGGAUUUACACCAAAAUGAAUAAUCAUCCAAGAAUUAACCAAAAACGAAAUAAUCAUCAUUCCAACCAUGCUAGCCACCACAGCACUACUAAACCUAUAUUUCUACAUACGACUCACCUACGCCACAGCACUAACCAUAUUCCCUUCAACAAACAAUAUAAAAAUAAAAUGACAAUUCAACCCCACAAAAAAGAUAAUUCUCCUACCUCCCCUAACCGUACUAUCAACCCUGCUACUUCCCCUAACACCACUAAUAUCAAUCUUGGAUU